CCAGGAGCUGUCCGGUGCUGUAAUGAGUCUGGGGAGGCUGUCAUUCCGGCACUAGACGCUCCGUAGAACAUACCAUCACUCCAACAUUAUUGAUAUUUUUUAUUGUGUCUUUGUAAGUAUUCCUUAUUAAUGGAAGGCUACUGUUUGCUUAUCUUUUACUGUACCUCCAGGAUAUUUCUAAUCUGAACUAAAAUGCAUGGUUUUUAUACCUAAUGAGCCAAUAUCAUAGCAUAAAAGUAACUACCUAUCCUUCGUUACUGUACUCUGGAAUAAUUGUUUCACCAAACUAAAUAAUGAUUCCAAAGGACUGGGUAGCUCUUGCGUGCUUUUUGCUGCGGGUGAAAACAUCUGCUGUGGUCAGAAAUAAAGACAUGCUGCCGUUUGGACCUUGCGCUUGACUUUGCUCAUGGAAGAAGAAAGAGUGGUGUGAAAAUAAUCACAAGAACCAACGGGAAUGACUUGCCCUUCUGUCAAACUCCUCACGGCCUUAUUUAUAUGUUUACUAGAGAUCAACAACUUCAGGAUGGUAGAUGCCACAGAGGCUGACUCCAGAGCGUCAGGGAGAGGAGCUUUCUCAUUUACCAUGUCUCCCUCUGAUUUCCUGGACAAGCUAAUGGGAAAAACAUCAGGAUAUGAUGCUCGAAUUAGACCGAACUUCAAAGGUCCCCCAGUAAAUGUCACGUGCAAUAUCUUCAUCAACAGCUUUGGCUCUGUAACUGAGACUACCAUGGACUACAGGGUCAACAUCUUCCUGCGGCAGCAGUGGAACGACCCGCGCUUGGCCUACAGCGAGUACCCAGACGAUUCCCUGGACCUGGAUCCCUCCAUGCUGGACUCCAUCUGGAAACCCGAUCUGUUCUUUGCCAAUGAGAAAGGAGCCAACUUCCAUGAUGUCACUACGGACAACAAACUGCUGAGAAUCUUCAAGGAUGGAAAUGUGCUGUACAGCAUCCGCCUGACGUUAACCCUGUCUUGUCCAAUGGACUUGAAGAACUUCCCAAUGGACGUGCAAACGUGUACCAUGCAGUUGGAGAGCUUCGGCUACACAAUGAAUGACUUGAUCUUCGAGUGGCUCCAGGAGGGCCCCCUACAGGUGGCAGAGGGACUCACCUUGCCACAGUUCAUCCUGAGGGAUGAGAAGGAGCUUGGGUACUGCACCAAGCACUACAACACAGGCAAGUUCACCUGCAUCGAGGUGAAGUUUCACCUGGAGAGGCAGAUGGGCUACUACCUGAUCCAGAUGUACAUCCCCAGCCUGCUCAUCGUCAUCCUGUCUUGGGUGUCCUUCUGGAUCAACAUGGACGCUGCGCCAGCCCGGGUGGCAUUGGGCAUCACCACGGUGCUCACCAUGACGACGCAGAGCUCAGGCUCUCGUGCCUCCCUGCCCAAGGUGUCCUACGUGAAGGCCAUUGACAUUUGGAUGGCCGUCUGUCUGCUCUUUGUGUUCGCUGCUCUCUUGGAGUAUGCGGGGGUUAACUUUGUCUCCCGGCAACAGAAGGAGUUCCUACGUUUGAGACGGACCCAGCGACGCAGUCACAAGCAGGAUGAUGACAUGGGGGGCAGUCAUCUCAGCUUUUCUAGUUAUGGCAUGGGCCACUGUCUCCAGAUAAAGGAUGGUACGGCCAUGAAGACACCCCCAUCAAACCAACUGGCCCCAGCAAAGACACCCAAAGACAAAGACAGCAUGAGGAGAAAGUUUGUAGAUCGGGCCAAGAGGAUCGACACCAUAUCCAGGGCGGCAUUUCCCCUGGCCUUCCUCAUUUUCAACAUCUUCUACUGGAUCACAUACAAGAUCAUCAGACACGAGAUCAUUCGCAAAGAGUAGCUGGGCUGUAGCUGGGUGGGACAUGCCAACCUGGCAAGCAGAUAUACAGAAUAACGUUCCAUGUGUGUCUUCAUAACCCCUCUUCUAUUUCUGGGACAUGUAAGGGUGAAGAACACAUUUAACGCAUCAUGGUGUUGGGUUUCUGCAAUGGGUUGGCACUGCAUCCUGGGUUAUUCCCUGUCUUGCACCUGUAGCUUCCACAACAGGCUCUCGACCUCAUGACCCUGCAUGGGACAAGCAGACAUAUAAAAUGGAUGGAUGAUGUUU